UCAGCACCGCCCCUGACACGCCCCUGUAUGCCCUGCCCAUACCCUAGAUAUGCUCCCACGCGUGGCUGGGCUGCUGUGGCUGGCCCCAGGCAAGGCCUCUGCCCUCUAGGGGGCACUGUGCGCUGGAAGGGGCCAGGAUCUCACCACCGCCUCCCUCCAGGCCAACAUCGAGGACCUGUCCCAGAUGCUGAAGAAGAUGCCCCAGUACCAGAAAGAGCUGAACAAGGUGUUUAUAAUGAGGUUGUUUCCCUCUUGGCACAUAUGGAUGACCAAAAUAAGGACAAAAUUGCCCUCAGGAUUGCCUGUAUAGCUGAGACCAAGCUGGCUAGCAUUGUAACAGUUCUGCUAGAGAAACUGCAACUGGAUGAGCAAAACAGAGUAGACAUUUACUGUAUCCUGGAGAAGGUAUUACAGCAGGACACCGAGGACCUGGAGAGAGGGCUACUGAACAAAACAAUAAUCCUAGCCUUAAACCACAUGAGAGAGACUCAGGAAGCAACAAAUGAAGUCAAAGUGGCAGCUAGCAACACGUUAGUGACUCUGGCACGCUGCUAUUUCGAUCCUGUCAUGUCUGAGCUGCUCUGUCAUCUGAAACCACCAAAUCUGCCUGAAGAAUUUGUUUUAAUUACGUUGGGAAACUUGUCAUCAGCCUAUGCACUUAAGUGUAUCCCUUUUGUGAGAAUAACCCUGAAAGCCAUGUUCCACAUGUUGGAGUCAGUCAAUGACAGCCGGAUGAGACAAGCAUUUUGUGGUGUUCUGGAAAAAUGGUCAAGGGCAGUAAAGCUCUUUUUGACUAACUGGGAAAAGUGCCCAUUCCCUAUAGUGGGUGAAUUGCGACUCUGCAAUCAUUUUCUUCCCAUGUAUUCUCAUGUGACCAGCAACUGGCUGACCUGUGAGGAGCCGGAGCUCAAGCAGGCAAUCAUCAAAGCCCUUGGUGCCAUGAUGAGCCUUCUGCUCCAUAAAGAGGAGUAUCGGGAUCAGAUAUUUGAAACGAUCUCAUGGCUCCUUGAACAAUAUAAGGAGGACACUCAUGUUUUUCACAUCACGAAGGUGAGGUAGCAGUCCUUCAGGUAACUGUCUAUGUGUCUGUAUGUAUGAACUGCACGAGGAGUUUGCUGCCAGUGGGGUUUCCUGGUUGAGACAGUGACUUGUUAGAAAAUAAAUAUACACACGAGUUCUGGGUUUAUACACAUGGUGAGUCAGGCAACAAGAUUUGUAGGUAAAUGCCUCUUAUGAAAAAGCAUCCUCUGUUUCCUGGGGAGGAUGAUAAGGAGAUAAAAAACAAAACACCUGCGCCCCUCCCCAAAAAGAUACUCCCUCCUUGUGAUUUCCUAGUACAUCCUGUCAACUCUGUGUCUAUCUUUUAGUUCAUAAGCUGCUCAGAGCAGGGGCUGCCAUAUGUUGUCUCUGGUCAGUACCAAGCCAACAGUCAGUGGUUGAAAAUUAAUACUAAGGAGGCUUGAGAGUCAUUGCUUUGGAUUCUGUAACUAGAUGGAUCUAAAAGCAUUGCCUGUCUAU